AUGACCAUCUUCUGUGACCACUGCAGCAGGCCGCUGAGGAAGAUGAGCCACCCCCGAGGGAGGAGUGGGAUGGAGCCCAGCGCUUCAAAGCCAUUCAGGUCGACAAAGGGAGCCUCAAAGGCUCGUCGGGAUCAGAUCAAUGCUGAGCUACAGACCCUGCGCUCCCUGCUGCCCAUCUCAGCACAGGAGAAGGAGCGGCUCUCGUAUCUCCACACCAUGGCUUUGGUCUGUCUCCAAAUCCGUGGGGCACAGCUCUUUCCUCCAGGCUCAUCUGGACGUGCUCCUGUCACGAUGCCAGAUCUGGAGCUCCUGUCCUCAUUGCCGGGGUUCAUCGUUGCUCUCUCUGCAGAUGGCAAACUGGCCUACAUCUCUGAGAACGUGGCCCAUCUCCUGGGCUUCUCUGUGGUGGAGUUGCUAGCCCAAGGAGACUCAAUCUUCGACCUACUAGAUGGCUCAGCACAUGAGGCCGUGCAGGAGAAGCUCCACUCCGCUCAGGAGCAGCCAGGCACUGAAAUUGUGUUUGUCAGUGAAAUGCGCACAUCCAGAUCCUUUCGAGUGAGAUAUGGAGGGAAUCGGGCUGUGGCUGUGAGGGGCCGAUUCCUCGCUCUGGAUGGGACGACCUCCUCCUCCAUCUUAACAUUCGUUGGCUUCUGCACUCCCAUCAAGCAAUUGUCUGACUAUGGGGAUGGCAUUUCUUAUGAUGCCCCAUUCCAGAGCCAGCACACACUGGAUAUGAAGGUCACUGAUGUCACAGAGAGUGUCAUUUAUCAUCUUGGCUAUCGGAGGGAGGAGCUGAUUGGUCAGUCUUGGUACAGCCUCCUACACCCUACAGAUGUUGCAUCAGCAGCUGCCCAACAUGAGAGCCUGAUGUGUGACACUGGGAGGUGCAAUCAGCACUUAGUGGUUCGCCUGCUCUGCAAAGACCUGAGCUGGGCAUGGGUGCAAAUCAUAGCAUCAAAGGAGUAUGAGAAAGGAAGAGAGACCAUCACCUGCACCAACUUCAGCCUCAGUGAGGAAGAAGCUCAGUAUCUCCAGAGCCAGAAUCCAUGGCAUGGAGUCAUCUCUGCAGAUGCCCUGAGUCCAAGGCACUAUGCCAGAGAAAAAGAGCACAAGACACUGCCAAGAACGCUAAACUCCUUUCCACAGGAGACAGCAAUGCCUAACCAGGGGGUACCCAACUAUAGUCCCUGCCAGCUCCCUAAUGCCCAUCAGGAGGAGAUGCUGCCAGCUUCCCUACAGCCUUCAUUCACCACCUGCUUCCCUGCUGCCACUGUCGAAGCUGGGUUACCCUCCCAGGAGACUGGGUGCUCUAUCCUACCUGCUGGGCAGAGGAAUCUAUCCUGCCCCUUCAGUGUUUACAAGUCACCCUACAGACAGCCCUUCUCCAGUCCUUGUGCGCUCUAUUCCCCAGAGGUUCCCCUUUCUCCUGGCAGCAGCCCUUCUAUUGAUGCUUGUCCAGUCCCUGUAGGAGGGCAGUCCCCAGGCAUGUCCUCUGCAGUGUUCCACUCUCCCGAGACAGAAAGAUGGGCAAUCAGCGUGUUGGCUGAGCAGAUCCACUCCCUGGCUGAAAGCCUGUCUCAGUACACAAAGCAAGUGCAACCAGAGACUCCUAAUGUCCCCCUGUGUUCUGAGCGACCCAGUGCUGACAGCCAGCUGGGGUCAGGACAGGGCUGGGGCAACUCUGGAACAGCAGCUUUCCUAGCAGAACCCUGUUUAGAUGAAGACAUCAUUACCAGUAUAUUAAGCAAUCUGCUGGAAAAUGGGGGUCCAAACUCACCUACCACUGCAUGGGGGUCAUCACCCACUAUCUUGCCUUCAGACUCGCAGGGGGGCCCUCCAUUCCGGAUACCCAUGUCUCCAACAGUCACCUGUCCAGAUCAGUGCCUCUUUCUACAGCCUUUGCCUACCUCUGCGUCAUUUGACUCCUGUGCACCAGUGUCCCUAUGGGAUGGGGAUCUCAAUGAGACUCCAUGGUGCACUGCAGCAGAGUAA